AGAGUUAGAAGUCUGAGAAGAGCCUGCUGUUACAGCUACAUCAUUUGGCCUUUGUCUGUCAGCUGCCCAGCAUGCAGCACACCCAGAGGCUGGAUCAGAGGCUCCGCGUGCUAAGGGACGAGGUCAGGACCAUGACUCAGGAGGAGCAGCAAGGGGAGCGGGUGUGGAGGGAGAAACUGCAGCGCUGCCAGAGACAACUGAAGGCCAAAGAGGAGGAGAUGAGUCGUCAGUCGCAGUAUUUUGAGAACUUUAAAGUGCAGCUCCAACACAAGCUGAGCGUGGCCCGGGACAGAGAGCAGACCCUGCAGAACCGCAUUUACACUCUGGAGAAGCAGCUGCUGGAGAUGACUGUGAAUGCCGUCACUGGCAUGGCAACCAUGAGAGCAGUCAGAAUUACUGCUGGGACUGUCACACACUUGGAGGAACAACACAGGCUGUCUUCCAUGAGAGGAGAGGGUGAAGGGGAAGAGGAGAAAAAGGAGGAGAGGAGGCUGCAGUGGCAGUCAAACGUGGCGACUGAGAGAGAAGAAAGGAAAGAGGAUGAUGAAGGAAAGAUGGAAAAUGAUGUAGGAGGACAAAACAAUGAUGCAAAACUUCCCUCAAACGAGGCCAGACUGCAGAGCUUCAUCAUCAGCCUGCAGGAAGAUCUAAAGGUGCUACUGGAGAGAGAGGAGGACAGGGUGACUGAGCAGAGGGGCUUAAUGGAGCAGCUCCAGGAGGCCCAGGAGAACAGCCACUUCCUGGGCUGCAGGGUGGAGGACAUGAAGGCAGAAGUGCAGCAGCUGAAACUUUCUGAAAGCUCCCUGAUGGAGGAGGUUGAUGAGCUGAAAGAGGAGAACCACAGACUGCAGCAGACCCUCAGGGAGGCAGCAAACCAAACACCAAACCAGUCUUUCUCAAUCCCUGAGUCCUCAUGUCCAGGUUCUGGGACCAGCUCAGCGGGCAUCAAGCCUAAACUCCCUCUCACACUCGCCACUGGGAUGGGACCGUCUUUGACGGGGAGCUCCGGAGAGCCAUCCUCAGAGGAAGGAACAGUUCCAGCUGUUCACCACCAGGCCGCAGCAGAGAGCACACACAGGCCAGCAGACUCUCUCUCUCCAUCACCCAAAUCAAAAACCCCAUCUGAAAAUGAGCCUCUCAAACACUUUCUCUGCUUUGGCUCGGAUUCCAACCCCAACUUCAAGCCACCAGCGUUCACUACAGAGUCAUUAGACGAGCUAAAACUCGGGGACUGGUGCUCUAAAGGGAUUUUUAAUGUGGAGGAAUGCCCAAGUGAGGAAUCUGAUGCCCUGAGGGCAGCGUAUAGGAGCUUGGGGUUCGGGGAAGAUCUUCAAAAGCUUCAGCAGCAACGCGACCACCUCCAGGCUGCCCUGCAGCACAUGCAGGAACAGCUGCAGAGGAUGAGCGAGGAGAACACUCAGCUGAAAUUACAACUCAGGAAACUGGUAGAGGAGCAGCGCUCGAUGUCAGAGGAAGGCUCUUCAGGAGGAAAGAUAUGCAGAAGUUCUCCUGAUCAUGGAGAUCUUCCAUCCUCUUCAACCGAAGACGAAGUAACUCAUGCCCUCCCCCAGGAAGAUCUCAUCCAGGCCCUGAAUAGGGAAAAUCGGGCGUUGGCUGAUCGGAUCCAGGAGCUGUUCGUUCACAUUAAGCUCAGAGAGGAGGAGACCGUGACGGAGCAAGCACAGCUGAAAGAGAGUAUCUCAAGGCGAGAGGACGAUGUUGUCAGGCUGGAGAAGGAGAACCAGGAGCAAGCAUGUUUGAUCUCAGAACUUACAAAGAAGACUGAAGAUGAUCUCAAUACUAUUAUGGAGCUGCAGCAAAAGUUGUUGGAGAGUGAAGAGCAGAGGCAGGAACUCAAUGAUAAUCAUCCAGAAUGUAGCAACGCUCUGUGGUUAAGUGAUCAUAAUUCUGUAAUAUCAGGAAGUUUUCCCCUAAACAACAAAGACGAAUGCGCAGAUGUCCUCAAAGGAGAAGAAGCACAGUUGAUAGUCAAUCAGGAGAUUGACCUUUUGACUGCGGAUUCAGCAUCUGAUUGCCUAAAAAGUAGUCACAGCGACUCAUUAUGGAGCAACUCACAGAAAACUCUGCAUGUCAGUGUACUGACGGAUGAGAUGGUCCAGCUAACCACAUCGAUCCAGAGCCUCAAAACAGAGCAAAAAGUCCUGACUGACAAUAUAAAUGCCCUCAAAGAGCAGCAACAAGACGUGAGUCUGUCAGUCCACCAGCAGACAGAAGAGAAAAAGCAGCUGACACGGGCAGUCUGGGGGCUGAAGGAGGAGAAAGACUGCGUCUCUCAAUCUUUGGCUUGUCUCAAGCAAGAGAAGGAGCAGCUCAAUCGGACGGUCUGUGGAUUAAAAGACAAGAAAGACCAAUUUGAUAGGUCCAUGAGUGGUGUAAAACAGGAGAAAGAGUGUCUAACACAGUCCAUUUUGGUUAUUGAAAAGGAUAAAGAGGCAAUAACAGAGUCUCUCUCCAGAGUAAAAGCAGAGAGGGAUCAAAUCAUGCAGUCACUGCAAAGUUUACAGGCCGAAAGUGAUGAGUUGUGCCAGGCAGUGAUUAAUUUAAAAGAGGAGAGAGAUAAACUAACCAAUUCCCUCCUGUGUCUCAAAGAACAGAGAGACCAGGAACAAUUAUCUGAUACUCUCAAAGAAAACCCGGCUGAGCUGAUAAAGUCAGUCAAACCUCUCAAAGAGGAAAAAGAAAGCACCGUUUGUUUGAAACAAAACAGAAAACAGAUAAUGUUAGUAAUCCAGGGCCCAAAGGAGGAAGGAAGCAGUUUACAAGCCGAAGACAUCCAAACACCAACAGAAGCGAGCACUGAGAGGCAGAAUCUGCUGAAUGCAGACAGCGCUAAUGUGACAAAGAAGAUCCAAAGUCAUGCUGGAAAUGACGCUGCACAACGAUGUCAAACUAACCACACAGGAAGCCUUACAGAGGAAGAACGUGACCUGAUGGAGGAAAUUGAAGCCUUGGGGGCAAAAUUAAAGAGGUCGCAAGAGGAGCUGGACAAGAGUCGUGUUGAGACAGAGAGAUUGUGCAGUGAGCUGUGUCACUCAGACAUCAGGAGGGAAGAGGCGGAGAGAAAAGCAGGUCAGGCGGCUGAAAAGCUGACGAGGCUGUCAGACGUCACCAGUCAACUGGAGGAGAUCAACAAGGAAAAUGACAACCUCACAACCCAGGUGAGGCAGUUACAGAUCAAAGUGACGAACCUGCUCAGGGAGAAGUCUGACAUUCUGUCACUCAAGUCUCAAACCGAGGAGCAAUACAGUAUCCUCACAGCUCAACUCAAAGCUAAGACCGUCGCUCUGGAGGAGUUGAACUCGGAGUAUAUAGUGCUGAAAAGAGGACAGGGCAACAGGGAUGAACUGAGUGCUGCUCUUGUUUCGCUCAGGACACGAUACAAUGACAUCAGAGCCAAGUAUGACGUCCUGCUGAAAAGGAAAAGCCAGACUGAUCUGGACAUAGCGCCCUUAAAGGCCAAGCUGUCUUGCCUGGUGAUGAAGUGUCAGGAGAGGAACAGCUUGUUAGCUCAGGUGAUGAAGAUCAUGCACAGAAGAGGCUUCGUGGACUCAAGUCUCACACAGCAGGUUGAGAUGCUGCUCAAGGACGCCGCCCUGCAGGACUAUACCUCAGCUUUCACCCCCGUGGACGUCAUCAAGAAACAGGAUCACUGGACUGGAUUAAAACCAGAAUUCAUUUCAAUGAUUCAAGAUUAUAGCAGGGGAUUCACACCAGACCCAGCACCCCGGAUUGUGCUUAGCAAGCAGCAACAAAACUGGGUCGCACCUGAAGCUGGAACACAGUGCUGUGGAGGUGAAACACACACUUCUGCUGGAGUUACAUCAAACCCUCCAACAAACCUACAAGUCUGCAUUCAUGAAGUUGCAGCAGCAGGAAAGAAAAUCACCAACUCACCUGUGAAGGAGCCUGCUAGUGUGCCAGAGUCAUCGCCUGCUGUGCCACUGAAGCAGAGUCUGGUGACCGUCCAGCAGUCAUCUCAUUUCGUCAGCGGACCUGAGGAAGCUGGACUUCAUCACAUGGAUGGAACAGAGAAACCCUCCUCGGAUCGAAGCACUUUGAUCGGAUCCUCGCUGAGUCGUGCCUCUCCCUCCUCCAGCGCACACCUCAGUCCCAGCAGGCGGCUCAGUAGUCCCGAGAAGAUCCUCCACUUACAUGAGCAGCUGCAGAAGACGCUGAUGAGCAGCUAUCAGGAUCAAGAAACCAGAGGGAGACAACAACAGUCCAAGAGGGGCCUACCACGCUCUGCUUCGGAAAACCUGAAUGCUUCCUCUCACACAAAGAAGCAGAACCUGAGUUUCGAUGUUAAACAGACCGCCUCUCUCCCAGCCACCGCCGCUUCCACACAAGCGAAGCCCCCUCCAGCAGAAACAGCUCAACCUGCCGCCACAAAUAAGUCAGCAACACUCUUCAAUGCAGUGAUAUCUCGGUCAGCCGGUGCAACAUUCCGCCCUGGCAUGUUUACUAACCUUCCCUGUAAAGGGCAAACAUCUAAAACAACAUCCACUCCUUCAAGCUCCUCUCCUGUCACUGCGGCGCCGAGGGAAGAUAAACCCAUUUCAAGGAAUGGCGUUGUCACCGCAAGUCCCGAAACACCUGACGCUCUCCGUCCAGCUUCUGCAGAUCAGAAUCAGAGAACCACUGCCAGCGACGGUAAAAGUGGGAAACCAGAAAUAACUGCCUCGAACUCAACUGCCCCAGAGAUUACGGUGUCAGACACGGCCUCCGGAAUCAGUGGCACUGCCCUUGGAUUUGACUUCCAUGAACUUGCUGCAUUCUGCACUCGCUCUGCUUCUUCCUCUCCGGAGAAAACCAAGAAGUCUGCCAGAGAAAGGAUCAAGGCCGACAAACCCAAACCAGAGGCUCCAGCUGCGGUUGGCUUCGUUGAGGUCAUUAAAACAGUGGGUCAGAGCAGCCUCCUGAUUGGCUGGGAGAGACCACCGCUCGACGAGCUGUUCUGCAGUAACGGCACUUUUGUCUAUGGAUACAGGGUGUUUGUCGACGGGGAUUUCCACAAAUCAGUCAUGAGCUCAGCCUGCACGAAGUGCGUUCUGGAGAAUGUUGACCUGAGCGUCCCGCACCACAUCAGCGUCCAGACUCUGGGAUCCAACGGUUUGGCUUCAGACAGCGUCCACACCGCGUACAGGACAUCAGCCCGAUCAGCCCAGCUCUGAGCCUCAGUCUCCUCGGUAGUAAAACACCCAGUGACGUGCGUCCAGAAGACUUCUCAGUGAAAGACCGUCCCGGCAAAGGAUCAGCUUCCGAUGCCAUCUGUAGCCGCUGCCCCCCCUGCGGGACCGUCCUGACCUCCACCUCCACUCCGAAAGCGUCACACUGCUGGACGACGGCGCCAUGUGAGGCUCAGGUUAACCCAUCAGAAAUUAAAAAACAAAAAGCUAUCUCGUCGUCAUUACCAGCCUGUAACGUGCAGUAACCUGUGGCCAGCUGCUAAACCUCCAAAUGAUUCACUGAAGAUGUCAAAAAACAAAACAAAAAAAAAAAAACCCAGACUGUGACUGAAACAAGCUGAUGGUCUGGAUGGACUCUGUUUCAGCGCCGAACCCGAUGGACCUCUUAGUCAGAUUGCCAAUACAAGUGAUUUCCAGAGUUGCUGCCAAUCAGACGCGUCCUGAGACUUUUCUGAGAGGAAACAUUUCUGAGGUGAAGUUGAGUCGCGUUGUGAAAAGCUGCAGAUGACACCAAGACACCGUUUACUGGAGUGAUGUCUGCAUCAUGUUUACACACCGAGAGAUCACGUGUCAUCUCACUUCAUCAGAGAGCUCCACUGAUGCCUCUCCGGACUUGUGACAAGCCUGUAAAAGCCCCCCGGCCUCCUUUUUUUUUUUUUCUAACAGCAACAAAUACCGUCCACAGGUCAUAGUACUUGAUUUUUACACAUGAAGCCAAAUAUGUGAGAAGAUGAAUCACUCCAAAGACUUUUCUGUCUCCUUCUCCGCGCAGGUCUGUGACGUGUCUUCAAACACAGAAGCCAGAUGUUGGUUAAGUUCAAAAGUUUGCACACAGCUAUUAAUAUCAAUAUCUAAAGGAUAGAAUGAAAAAAGAAAUUAAAAUAUUUUUUUGAAAAGAAUAUUAUCACUAUAUGCCAAUAUACCACACACUGUCUUUGUUUUUAACACCAAUAGAGCUCAUUUUUGCACGCUAUAUUGUUUUUCUAUUCUCUAUUUGUUAAAAACACGUAAUUUCUUCUUUUCCUACCUACUCACUGUAUGUACGGGUGUGGAGUGAUCAUGGUGCAGCAGAGUAUUUUUCUAUCUGUAAUUGAUAAUAUUGAUUUCCCAUUGCGACUGUACAGAGAUUAAAUGUUUCUAUGAUAU